AUGGACUCCGAUGAUACAAAUAGUUCUAAAAAGCGCAACACACGUUAUGCAAGUAAGCAGACCAUCGGCACUGACACGGUAACCAAAAAGUUCCUCCAAAACUUCGAUCCUCAGAGUAGCGAAAGAGAAAAGCGUAAACUCCAUCGUCGUCUUUAUCCAGGAAGCAAAAAACAUAUUUUGUACGACGAAAGCGGUGUUUUUAUACAAACUGGGACAAAUAUAUGUGAUUGUUUGCAGCCAGAUUGCUCCGGUUGUCAUUUUCCAUGCCCGAAAUGCGGCUCGAGCAAGUGUGCUCACGAGUGCAGGACUCAUCGCCGAUGGACUUACGAUUCAAUUGAAAACGAAGGAAGUGAUAUUAUUUUAAAAAAUCCAGUUGCAAAAGACUCUUAA